AUGCAGUGGGACAACAAUUACCAGGGCACCGACGGCCUCAACAUGAAUUUCCAGUACAACCGGCCCCCGGUCAACGAUGACUCUUACAUCACCAUGAAUAUCAGCCGCAAGAACGGCAAUGUCAGCAUUCAGAUCGGUGUCGACGCCCCUCGCGGCGAACCCAGACUACUAUCGACCAAGGCUCUGGCCACGGUCAAGCGCAUCGUCAAGUAUGUUCGCUCCCAAGCCCCCGCGACGAGCAACAGCGAGCACGGCGAAGCGGUUCGGGAUGGACUCAUCUACGUCAUGCGGGUUCUGCAAGUGCGUCUGAAUCAGCACUGGUACGCCACCAAUGCCAACAAGUCCACCAGCCUUGAGGAGAUGGUUGGUUUGAUGGACCUCAACAAGACGGACGAGCAGGCAGAAGAGGAGUUGGCAGGGCUUAUGAAUGGUCUGAAAAUGACGGAUGAUGACAAGGACGAGGAGAUGGAGAAAACCGAAGAGGAGGAGGCUGCUGGAUCUGACGACCACUUUCUCGAGCUAGAAGGUACGAUGCCGUUUGAGUCCAAAGAAGAGGCGAAGGUGGGCAGGGAGGAGCAUGAGCAGCAGGAAGAGGAGCAGAAGGAGGCACACAUCGAUGUCACGAUGUAA